AUGCCCAAUACACUAAUGGACGAGGCCAAUAUAGAGGAAACUCAAGAGGCCGUGGUAACUCUAAUCGAGGCCAGCAAGAUCCCAACCGAGAUCAGCCAAAGAGUUCGGGCAAUAGAAACUGUGUUGGAGGAGAACACGAAGCAGCUGGGGGAGACGGCCGAGAUGAGCCAAAAAAUUCGGUCUUUGGAAACUGUGUUGGAAGCAAAUACGAAGCAGCUGGCGGAGACCACAAAUGAUGACGGCCUAGUUGGAGGUGUUCGAGAAGGGGAUGGCGAAGGAUGUGGCUGUGGAAGUGGCGUUCUCAGUCACAUCGGAAGAAGACCUGGCUCAGGGUCCAAAGAACGCUACAUGGAAGCAAUACCAAAAAUUUUAAAGGGUAACCAUUUGCCCAAGGCAAUCAAGGACGUUUUGUCAGAAACGCUCCUGUGGGCCUACAAUAUUGACGGCCUCAACGGGAAAAAAUCACUAAAAUCAUUCCCCAAAUUUUUUGCCGUUAUCAUUGAAAGCAUAAGCACCUUAGAUGGCCAGCAGCCAGCAGAGAACGCCUUGGGCCACGCACUGUCAUGUGUAAAAAAUAAUGCUAACAAAUAA